GGGAUGAGUGCGAACUUUCGGAAAGCGUACUAUUCAUCACUUGGUGUACAGGUUGUUGAAGUCAAGCCAUCACUUGAAAAUGCCCUUCAAGGGGAUAUCCUUGAUGUCGAGCGCUUAAAUAAAUUAUGCCUUUGGGUCCGCAUACCUCAUGCAUAUCGACCUCUGGUGUGGAAGGUUAUUUUAGGCACCCUUCCCUUGUCUAAAGAUGUCUGGCCAUUUGUUGAAGAGCAAAGAGCGGAACAGUAUCGAGACCUGAAGGAAUGUGUCAAAUAUCUGGGUGGACGUGACAAAGAGUCAACACCAAAUGUCAUGGUUGGCAUGCUGCUAGUGCAAUCCGAUACCCGACCACCGCAUAAGCUUGCCGAGGGGUUUUCUGCGUCCUCCUUCGGUAAUUCGUCUCACCUAAAUGGCAUUGCAAAUACCAUGUUAGAAAUCUGUGAUGGCAAUGAAAUUGAUGCUUUCUGGUUGUUUGAUGGCUUCGUUCGGAGAUUUCACAUUAGCGUCCUGGAAGAUAUUAAUGAGAAGGAUGGACAUGAGGAGGAAAGGAUCCGGACUGAAAUCAGUGUCCUCACAAACCUGCUAAGAACUCAAAAUGAACGGCUCCUUGAUCACAUUCUUUCAUUCGGAUCGGGGCUUGACCAUUACUGUCACAGCUGGUUUCGAACGUACUUUACAAGUGUGCUCCCGCCAGAUUGUCUAGAGGGAAUAUGGGAUAUUCUAUUAGGGGGUGCCCCCGCUAUUCUUCCCUACCUUGGUUUAAGUCUGCUAUUGGCCUGCAAACGUAAAAUUGAGACCACGCGGAGCAGUACCGAAUUGAUGAAACUUCUGCAGCAGCUUGACCGAUAUGUAGAUAUGGAUGCGGUAGCCAGUACUGCGAUUGACUUGUGGGAACGGCCUAUAUUGGAAGGAAUGUCUAAGGAGACAAGGAAGGCACUUGGAUACAACUUUUGAGGGAACAAAUGCAAUGUUUAGGCAGACGAGCAGUGAUGAAGCGGUAGUCAUAGUGAGCGCUGUUUAGUUUCAGACUUCAUCCAUUUUGCCCGCGGACGUGCAAAAGCUGACGGUAUUGACCUUGCGACCCGCGCACAAAUCAAAAGCCGUCUAAUAGCGCACUGUUCCCGCCUACUACCAUACCCCGGCCAAAAUCAUCACCAUCGCUUUCGUCUUCGCUCUCGCUAUCACUCCACGCGUCAUUCACAUCAACGAUGGCCCCGCGCCUUCCGGCCCCGGCAUAUUUCUGAUAUCCCAUUCCUACUGCGUCAUCUUCCACUGUGUACAUAUUAACACUUGAUGCUGAUGCGGUUGACUGGGCAAUACGAUGUAACCAUUCAGAAUUGUGAUAAUGAAAUUUUUGAUGUCGAAUUUUUGACAGAUACUCGGUGUUAGUUUCCUAUGCAUUUGAUAUGUGGGCCAAGGGUUACAGUUACAUCGCAACAUGAAACAAGGACUGGGCUUACGCAGAUGAGAUCCAAA